AUGAAGGUCUUCGUUUUCGCUACCGCUCUCACUGCCUUCUCGGCUGGCGCUUUCGCCCAUAGGGGCGGAUUUGAAACCCCCAACAAAGCCCCUACCAGCGGGGGCGGCGGCGGCGGUGAUGAUAACGGCAUUGGCGGCUUCCUCCCCACCGGACUCCCUGAAAUUGGUAACGGAGGAGGGAUAAAAGGCAUCCUCCCAACUGGACUCUUGGGUGGAAACAACAAGGGUGACGCAAGCCCUACCAAAGCCUAUGGUGGUGCUGGCGGAGAUGGGUUUGGCGAUGUUCUCCCAACCGGACUUCUUGGCGGUGGUAACAAGGGCAACAUCCUCCCAACUGGUCUCCCUGGUGGUGACAUUGGAAGUGGGCUUGAUGGCAUCCUUCCGACUGGACUCCUUGGCGGUGGUAACAAAGGCAACAUCCUCCCAACUGGUCUCCCUGGUGGUCAAUUUGGAAGUGAGAUUGAUGGCAUACUUCCCACCGAUCUUCUGGGUGGUGACAAGGGCAACAUCCUCCCAACCGGGCUCCCUGGUGGUGGCAUUGGAAAGGGGUUCGACGGCAUCCUUCCUACCGGUCUUCUGGGUGGCAACAAGGGCAACAUUCUUCCAACCGGGCUCCCUGUUGGAAACGGGAUUGACGACAUUCUCCCAACUGACCUUCUGGGUGGAAACAACAAAGGAAAUGCAAACCCUACCAGAGCCUACGACGACAGCGAAAAGAACAACGCGAUUCCUACCGAACUACCAGGUGUUGGCAAGGGUGCUGGCCUCGACGAUAUACUUCCCACCGGGUUCCCCAGCUUCGGUGGUGGCAAUGCUCCCUCUGGCUUCCAGACCCGCGUCCGGGCUACCGGAACUCGUGGUAGCCACGGCCACGGCCACGGCUCUGCCACCCCUACGAAAGCUUACUAG